GAGGGGGAGAGAAAAACCCCGCUGCGCAUGCGCAGUUCGGGCAAAGGCAGCGAAUCCGUGCUGGGAAAGCGCAUGCGCUUUCCGUACCGCGUUGACGUCGGGAGGGGGUCUUUGGCCCGCAGCCCUUUCCAACCGGCAUCGCGAGGUUAAAGAAGCUAAUCCACGUGAGGCCCCGCCUCCCAACAUGGCGCCCACGAGAGGAAUAGGACCACGACUCCCAGAAACCUUCGCGCCACGGACCGUUCCCCACGCCGCGCUUAAAGGCGCCGUCCCGAUUCUGCCUUGCGUCAUCUAAGCGCGCCGCUUUUGUCUUCGCAGCGGGAGCGUGCCUGGGUCAGAUCCGGUAUCUUCGCGCACGCAACGUGUGAAUGUGGGACAAUGCAGGGGGACCCAAAUCCCCCCGAGUCCCUCAUUGACAGGACCAUCAGGAUGAGGAAGGAAACGGAGGCAAGGAAAGUCCUCUUGGCCUGGGGAUUUCUCAACCUGUCACUCGCUGGCAUGAUCUACACGGAAAUGUCUGGAAAACUGAUAAGUUCCUAUUACAAUAUUUCGUGCUGGAUCCUCUGGUAUGUUGCGGUCCAGACUACGCCGCCGCGCGAGCUGAUGCCCAAGAAAACGCCCCCUUCGCCCCCUUCCCCUCCCAUCCAGGGGCAGAGUGUCCUGAGCUACAGUCCUUCCCGCUCCCCCAGCACCAGCCCCAAAUUUGCGACCGGUUGCAUCUCCGGAUACAGUCCCCAGCUGCAGGCCUUGUCGGGAAGCAGCGGGUCCUACGGUACGGCGUCGAGUUACUCUCCGGGAAGCAACUACAGUAAG